AUGCACGGCACACAAAUCGCCGCCCCACCAACUGCCAAGGAGAUGGUGACUCUACGGAUCAUUAGCCCGCUCCCGCGUCUGGAGUCGACUGAUGAUGGCUUCUGCACCUCGGCUCGAUGUGGUGUGCGCAUCUGGUCGCUGCAGGCACCGCGAGAGCUCGUCGCAUCGGAACCCGUCGAACAGGAUGAAUGCGCAUGGAUCAGGGUACAUGCCGGACGACUCGGAGGCUACCCCUGGAUCAACCAUCAAUCGUCGCCUGCCGAGUUCGUUUGGCUUAUUGCUUCCGGACGUGGAACCAUUUGA